AUGGAGGAUCCAGGAAUCUCUCUUCGCCCAAGUAUUUACUACAGACCGAUAAACCCUACUGAUCUAGAUCGUUUGGAGCAAAUCCAUCGCGACAUCUUCCCCAUCAAGUAUGAGUCUGAGUUUUUUCAGAGUGCGGUGAACGGAAUUGGUAUCGUCUCAUGGGCAGCUGUUGAUCGGAGCCGGCCUGAUGGUCAUUCUGAUGCACUUAUUGGUUUUGUUACUGCCAAAUUCGUGCUUGCCAAAGACAGCGAGAUAGAUGAUCUUAUACGUUACGAUUCCUUGAAAGAAGAAGAGACUUUGAUCUACAUCUUGACACUCGGAGUUGUAGAAACAUACAGAAACCAUGGAAUCGCAAUGUCACUUAUAAGCGAGGUGAUCAAAUAUGCAUCUGGUUUAUCAAUGUGCAGAGGAGUUUACCUCCAUGUGAUUGCACACAACAAUCCUGCAAUAUGUUUGUACAAAAGAUUGAUGUUCAGAUGCGUGCGGAGACUAAACGGAUUCUAUCUAAUCAAACGACAGCAUUUUGAUGCCUUCUUGUUUGUCUACUUCCUCAACGGUUCUCGAUCUCCUUGCUCACCCUUGGCAUUUUGCAGAGAGGUUGCAAUGUCUGUUGUGAAUUAUAUGAAGAGUGGAAUCAAGACUGUGGCGUCUAAGCUAGCGAAGAAGGAGGAGAACGGCUUGAAAUGGCUGAUUUGCAAAGACACAGAUUGCGUCUUGCCCACGCAAACCAAACCUAACCUCGGAUCAUCAUCCGGUUAUGAUUUCAUAUAA